AUGAGCGUGGGCGGGUUACUCAGAACUGAGACUUUAUCUUGGAUGUCAUAUUUAGACAAUGUGACUGGGGAUUAUUCCCAGGACUUGGUCCUGCAGCCUAUUUGGGACUAUCUCCGUCAGAACUACCACGACCUCCUAAGAAGUCCUCUCUUCCCCGUGGUCCUCUCAGUCACUACCUAUUUUCUCCUGGUCGCUCUUUACACUGUGUUGGACCUGCUGGCUCCCACCUGGCCGUGCAUCAACCGCUACAGGCUGCAUCCAGACAGACCCAUCACCUGGCCUAACAUCUGGGCCACCUUGGGUGUCACCAUUUACAACCACCUGCUUUACAUCUUUCCUGCUGCAGUUGCACAGUGGCUGUGGAGGCCACCAACCCCUCUACCACCUGAAGCCCCCACUCUGUUCAGUUUUUUCCUGGGCAUCCUGGGCUGUAUGGUGGUCUUUGACUUCCAGUACUACCUGUGGCACCUGCUGCACCACCGGGUUGCUUGGUUGUACCGCACUUUCCACGCCAUCCACCACCAGUACAACCAGCCUUUCAGCCUUGUCACCCAGUACCUGUCUGGUUGGGAGUUAUUUAGCGUGGGAUUUUGGGCCACAGUAGACCCCAUCCUGCUGCAGUGCCACUGCCUCACAACAUGGAGCUUCAUGGUAUUCAAUGUCUAUGUUUCCACUGAGGAUCACUGUGGCUAUGACUUCCCUUGGGCCACACAUAACUUGGUGCCCUUUGGCCUCUGGGGUGGUGCUCCGAAGCAUGACGCUCACCACCAGAGACCUGGCACUAACUUUGCCCCAUUCUUCUCUCACUGGGACUGGCUGGGGGGCACCCACACUGUACCAGCCGCCUCCAGCCACUCUGCCACGGGAGAGCCAGAAGAGAUGAAAGGAAGAAAAGACUAA